GGUGUAGGCGCCAGGACUGGUGUAGGUGUGGACGCUGAGGUUCUGCCUCUGAGGGGAAGAUGUUCUACCACAUCUCCCUGGAGCACGAGAUCCUGCUGCACCCGCGCUACUUCGGUCCCAACUUGCUCAACACGGUGAAGCAGAAACUCUUCACCGAGGUGGAGGGAACCUGCACGGGGAAGUACGGCUUUGUAAUUGCUGUCACCACCAUUGACAAUAUUGGUGCUGGUGUGAUCCAGCCUGGCCGAGGCUUUGUCCUUUAUCCAGUUAAAUACAAGGCCAUUGUGUUCCGGCCUUUUAAAGGGGAGGUCGUGGAUGCCAUUGUCACUCAGGUCAACAAGGUUGGACUCUUCACAGAAAUUGGGCCUAUGUCUUGCUUCAUCUCUCGACAUUCUAUUCCAUCAGAGAUGGAGUUUGAUCCUAACUCCAACCCACCAUGUUACAAGACAAUGGAUGAGGACAUUGUGAUUCAGCAGGACGAUGAGAUCCGCUUAAAGAUUGUGGGGACCCGUGUGGACAAGAAUGACAUUUUUGCUAUUGGCUCCCUGAUGGAUGAUUACUUGGGGCUUGUAAGCUGAGUAUAGGAGCCUCCUACCUUUGGUUCUGACCUAGGAAGUAUGACUGUCACUUACCGUGUUGUCUCAAGGCCCAGUCUGGCUGCUGUUGGGAAGGCAGGAAUGGUACUUUGUCCCCUGAAGAUAUCUGGUGCUUCAUUUGGCUUAGCUGCCGCUUCCAAAUUUUUUACUGUGCUCUAACCAUAAAGAGUUCUUGGUUUUCUUGG